UGUGCUACCAACCUAUCGGUAACUGUUUCGGUAUUCUACAAGUUUCUGAAACGGAACAAUGAUGUACUGAUUUCUUAUGAAAACCUCAAAUACAGGAAAAAUGGAAGCCCAAAAAAUUACGUAUUAUAACGAGAUAUCUUUAAUGAUGUUUGGGUUUGGAGACAGUCAUAAACCUAAUCCUGAUACUGUUCGAUUGGUGGAGAGUAUCGUUUUGAAACAGUUGAGGACAAUAGUUCAAGAAGCUUUGAAAUAUUCCGAUGGGAAAAACUUGAGGGGUGAAGAGUUAGUAUUUUUAAUGCGCCACAAUAAGCACAAAAUGAUAAGGUUUGUUAAAUAUUUAAUGAAUAAACAAAACAAGUACUUGUUACAAAAAAUGCAAUUGAACAUGUUGGAAGAAAAUCCAGUGCAACUACCGAAAGGAGAUUUAAUGGAAUUCAUUGAACGGAUAGAUGAAACCGGUGAAUUCACUGAUUUAUCAACAUUCGAUGAAAUUGAGCAUGAACGACAAGUACGAGCGGACAGAAUAUCUCAAGCACUCGAUCAAAAGAAGUAUCUAGAGUUCAGUAAAGCACGUUGCGCUUCGUUUAACAGUAGGGAUACCAUACAUAGAAGUUUGGAAAAACUGAGAGCUUGGAUCGAUCCGAAAAAGGAUAUAAAUUUUAACGCAGAUGCGCUAGAUGUGUUGGCGUAUUAUGCAUAUCAAACGGUUGCUGAAAUUACGGAUUAUGCGCUUUUGGUUAGAAUGGACAGUAAAUGUGGUACAGACGCGCUUAAGCAUUUAUCAGGGUCAUAUUACACUGCGACAAUGUUUAAUGGUGAACACCGUUUUGGAGGCGCGAAUCCAGAUUACAGUAAAGUACACAGCAGCCAACCACCAAUAAGUGUUAAUGAAAUAAAGGAAGUUAUGAGGAGGGUACAUACACCACAAGCAGGCAGAUUAAAUUUUGGGGGAAACGUUCCGGAGACACAUUAUUUAUUUGCUUUGUAGUUACAGCAAGCGAUAAUAAAUGAUAUUGUUGUA